UGAACAAUAUAGGUCCACUGUUCUAUUCCGUACAUUUUACAAGCACUAGUAUUGAUCACAUUUAGUAAUUGACAAUUUUGUUAAGUACGUCAAUAUUUGGUUUUUAUCAUCAAUGUAACAACACUGCCGACAAUAAAUAAAAACCCAACAUGACGGAUCCUGUUAUUGAUCGAGUAUUAUUUAAUAUUUCCAAGAGACGAGGGCUGCAUAGCUGUUAGCAAAUAGCAGUUGUCACUUGCCAGUUAGCUUCGAUCAACAGAGGAACUAAUCUGGAAGUAUGUCCAUCAAUGUUGAUCCUGAUAUAGCUCUGGAUUAUGGCAUUGUAAAAGAAGAACCGAUUGAUGAUGAACCAGAAGAUGUCAAACCUGUAGAUCUUUUAUAUGAUGUGAAAUAUGAAACUUUACAAAUAUUACAAAAUGAAAAUAAAGCAUUAGCAGAGAAGUUGGAAGAAAAAAACCAAUCGAUAGCAAAAUCAAAAAGUCAUAUUGAACAGAUGGAACAACGUCGAAAGCAAAGUAUUUCAGAUUCAAAUGUUUUAAAUCGACACUGGAAUCUAUUUGAUGAAAAUAUGCGUAUAUUACUGCAGAAGUUUGAUCAUGAAACCACAGAAGCAGUUAAAAGCGGAGAUGAUACUGAUGUUGCUUCACCGUAUUUGUAUCAAUUACAAACAUUGGACAAAGAUGAGUUGGAUGAAAAAUUAACUAAACGUAUGGACGCAUCUCUACAAUCGUUACUGAAAGUCGUCGAGGCCUUUGAUAAACAUAUGAUAAGAGGUCAGAAUAUAGCACGCGCUGUCAAAGAAGAAAUCGAUAAAGAUGAAGUUCUUCAAGAAGCUAAUAGCAUACUUCAAAAAGAAAACCCAAUUAUACAAGAGUUGAACAAGUCGUUGAAAUCGUCGUUGAAUGAAAUGACUUUGAAAUUAUCAACUCUUCAAGAUUAUGCUGAUAGUAAAGAUACGGAAAUAGAAGAACUGCGUAAUCAAAUCGAUGACUUGGAAUGUGAAAACGUAAAAGUUCAAGAGAGAAUAAUAAGCUUGCAAGACGAUGAAACGACUUAACACCGUUAAGGAUUAUAUGAAAAACCACGAAAUAAUAAACUUCCUAAUCCAAACACUAAUUACUUACUAGUCAUACUUAUCGUUAAGAAAUCAUUGUACAUAACAUAACAUGAGUACUUAUUCUGUACUUCUAAUAAGUAUUUAUUAAGGUAUGGUUUAAUAUAAUAGGUGUAUAAUAUAUAUUGUAUUUCAUAUUGAAUCUCACUGCCAGUAAACAUAUUUGACCGCUAUUUCCAUCAACUUAAUUUUUGUCAAUUCUAUUGUAAGAC